AUGGAUGAAGAUGGAAAGAAUAUUAGCGAUGAUAUAUCAAGUCUUUUACAUGCGGCUGAAGAAUGGGCAGAUGAACGAUUGCUUCCUAUAAAUUCAUCACAUGAUUUUGAUAAUUCAAUUUCUUAUCCUAUUCAUGUACCGGUUGAGGAAGUUGCUGGACAAGUUGCCUUAGAGCUAUGCAAAAUUUAUAAUUGGGAUCCUGAAACGGGCGCUGAUAGGCGACUUUCAAGACGAAAUGCCAGUGAUACAACGUCCAUACAACAGUCUUCAGAAGUUGCCUCAUCAGCAAAGCAUGUCGAAUAUCAUGAGCAGGACAUUUUGCCUGAUAUAUUUCAACAACCGGAUGUAAUAACAUUCGAAGAUAAUAUAAAUAAAACAUAUACCGUAAAAAAAAAUCCGCUUAAUAAAAAGGAACAGUUGGAUAAACCUGCCGAGGUAAUUCAUAAUAAUGUUGCUGUUUCCUUUAAUACAACGAAAGUAAUGAAUGUACCCAAUCAGAUAAUUCAUGAUGAUAAUAUCAUGAAUAAAACACUAGCCUGUAUCUCACCAAAAAUGACGAAAGAAUUGGACAAACCUAAUCAGGUAACUCAAGAUAAUUUGAAGCAAAAGUUAACUAUGACUGAAAAAAUUGCCAUGCUUUCCGUCCCGGAUACUAUUUCUUCUUUGACUGCCGGCAUCUCUUAUGGUAGUAAAAUUAUUACUGUAAACAACGCUGAAAGGAACACUUAUAUUUCACCGAAUGAUAACUGUCCCGGUAUAAUGAAUCAAAAUGAAAUGUCUAAUGCAGAAGGAAAUCCUCAAAGUAUGAAGCAAAAAUUCUUUUCUGUUGCUUCCGAAGAAUUAGCUGUAAAUUGUGCACAAGAUACUACACUUUUCUCUGGAAAAAUGGAUUGUCGAGAACUUCCAGACAAUAACCUCACCAUCACUAUUCCUCAUACAAAAUCUCCAAAAGAAACCCAAAAAACAUCAGAAAUAACAAAUUCUGGAUCAAAUGAUAUCAAUGAAAAAAAUAUUAAUGCUUAUGGAAACGGAAAUAUUGUCAACUCACACUGUUCAACAGAUAACGAUGACGUUAUUAUUACCACAGCUAAUUUUUCAUUUCCUGCUGUUGAAACGAGCAUAUUUACUGAUAAUGAAAUUAAUCGGUCAACUGUCUCGAAGGUUGAUGAAAUUAUCAAGUCAUCUUUUUCAAAUUUUUCGCCGAGUGCUACUGAUACAAAGAAUAUUACGAACUUACCUGAGAACGAUAUUUCAAUUCCAAAGAUCUCUGUUAUCGCUAAUAUAACACCACAACAAUUUUCACAGCAUUCUGAUGAAAAUAAGGAAAGUUUGAUGGUCAUUAACUCAACGGAAUUCAAUUCAAUUCGAAAUGAUCAUUGUGCUUUACCGGAAGAAAAUCGUGCUUUAAUCAUUGAGUUAAAUAAUAGAUUAAAUCUCUUACAGAAUAGUAUCAGGCCAUCACAAACUAUAAUUCAAGAAGUUGACAAUCAAGAUCUUAUUUCUUCCAAAACAACAAAGCAAUCGGAAAAAUAUUUGUUGACUGUACCAGCAAAUUUAAAUCUAAGUCCUGCCGUUAAAGAAAUUAAAAAUAAUGCUAUGAUGGCAUUACCAAAUAUCAAUAAUUCUAUGCAAACUGAAAGCAGUACAUAUUUGUAUGACAGAAAAAAUUACGCAAAUUUGGAAACGAAUAUAGAUGCUGAAAAUGCAUCAAAGAACCAAUUAAUUAUCAGUAAUGAAAUUACGGAUCCAAUGACAAAUGUAAAUGAUGAGCGUAUUGCUGCGAAUAAUCAAACGCAAUUUUACCUGGAAAAUCACUUGGAUCAUCUGGAAAAACGUUGUAAAGAAAGUAAAGAAUUUCAAACAGAUGCAAUCGGAAAGGAAUUCAUAACCAGAUCUAUAAAAACAGAUCAGAAAAAUGAAAAUGAAUCGGACAAAAUUGUAGAUGACAAAUUAAACAGUUCACCAAAUGGAGAAAAUCAAAUUAAUACAGCUGAAAAUACUUCAUUCAAUAAGUCGUUAACAGCAAUAAAUUCUUUUAAAAACAGUACUGACGAACAAUCAAUAAUGGGCAAAAGAUCAUUUUUGGAUGAGCCAAUUAAAUUUUUCAACUACUUAUCAUCAUCAGCGCGACGAAAAUCAUGUCCAUCUUCGACUAAGCAAAAUCCCGCUCAAACUAAUAAAUUUUCAACACGAGCUGGAAUGCGAGCAAAAACAGUUCGUGAAAUUCUGAAAACUCCAACAAUUAUGACAUCCGAUGUUGUUCGAAAAUUGAAUAUCAGACAAAAUUCGGGCUCAGUUCAUUCGACAGGACGGGUUAAUCCACCGAAGAAACCAAAUAGAUUACCACUGGAAACUCGCGCUUCUCGUCUGAAAGCUAAUUAUUUAGCGAAGGAACGAGCUGAAAAAGAAAAUGCAAAAAGAUUAAAAAUGAUUGAAGACCAAAAUCUAUCACCUAUAACAGCUGGUCGUUUGUCAGUGUUACGAAAAAUAUUACCAUCCGCUUCUCAGAAUCAUAUAAAAUCGAUUGAUGUCAAGAAAUCAAAGAUACCGAUUCCAUCCGGCACUAAGAAUCCUUCAAAAUCGGAUUGUUCCAGAAAAUCAAAUAUACCGUUAAGUUUAAGUGUCAAUAAUCAAGUUUGCGAUUUUGGGAAAAAACAUACUGUCCGCCAAUUACUAAAGUACUUUAUUAUUUGUAAUAAUCAGAAAACAGCUUACCAUUUCAGGAUAUUAUUCGGUUCUAAGAAUCCAGCUAAACCGAGCAGUUCUAGAAAAUCAAAUAUACCAUUAGCUUUAAAUCGCAAUAAUGGGCUGAAUAGUUUUCGGAGAAAUACACUACCACCAAUUGUUGAGACGCCACAAGCAAGCAGACGGAAAAAUUGGAUGAAAGAAUUUGAAAUAUAA